AUGGCGGACCGGAACAUGCAGCUGAGGAAGGAGGAGAUACUCGCGAAGAAGGCCAAGCUCGCGGAGUUGAAGCGGCAGCGAGAGCUACGACAGAGGGAGUUCUCACAGAACCGCAUGAGCGUUGGAGAGAGCUCUGAGGUAGUGUCUCCCGUUCCGAGUCGAUCUGACAACAGAGCCGAACUAGACAGUCUCAUAUCCAGACUGGUAGAUAGACCGUCGUCUGCAGCUUUGAAAGAUGGGGGCGAGCAGUCUCCAAGAGGCCGGGGGAGCAGGCCGAAUUCAGUUCUCAGCACUGGGCAGUUAAGCGGAGAUAUGGAACCGUUUACACCUCCAGUCAGACCUCUGUCCCUAUCUAUAGCGACCCAAACGAUUGACGAGACACCUUACAAUGCUGUGCCAGAACCCGCCCCAGCAGCUCCUCCCAAGGUAGAAAUCCUUACCUACAGCAAAGGUGUCCAAACCGACUCGAUUCCAGAGCCAGAAACACCCGUGGAUGAUGAUGAUAUAUCAGAACUGGAAGACGGUGGCUCGCCUACAACCCCGUCUCGGUCGUCUAAGCGCUUCAGCCGGAGAGCCAGAGAGAAAGAUGAAGAGAUACGCGAUAACUUACGAAAGGAGAUUGAAGAAGAGCUCAAACUGGCGAAGGACUGGGCCAAUGGCGGACCACCGUCUACGUCUACGCAGUUGCGAUACCCCCUACGAACAUUGACUGCAGACGAGCUAAACGCAGUGACUUCAGCAAGCGAGUUUUUGGAUUUCGUCGAAAGAUCCAGCAAGGUUAUUGAGCGAGCGUUGGACGAAGAGUAUGAUGUUCUUGCUGAUUAUGCGUUGGGCGGCGUUGGGGCGGAGGACGAGGAUGAUGAAGAGUACGGUACGGGCAAGAAGAAGAGAGACCUGAAAGAAAUCACACAGUUUUUCGACGAACGAUGGAGCAAGAAGCGAAUGAUCAGUGAUAUAAGUUUCUCUCCAAAGUUUCCCGAGCUUGUUUUGGCAUCCUAUACCAAAAAUCCAACAGCUCCUCACGAACCAGAUGGCCUGGUACAAGUGUGGAACCAGCACUUGCACACACGGCCUGAAUACGUAUUCCAUUCGACUUCAGACAUCCUGACAGCCAAGUUCUCUCCGUUUCACCCAAACCUGAUAGUGGGCGGGUCAUACUCUGGACAGGUUCUACUAUGGGAUACGCGAUCAUCCCGAGCGGGCGGCGGCGCUCCCGUACAAAAGACACCGCUGUCAGGCUCCGGCCACACCCAUCCGGUGUACAGCAUCGCGAUCGUGGGAACACAGAAUGCACAUAACAUCCUGACAGCUUCAACGGACGGUGUUGUCUGCGGAUGGACGGUCGACAUGCUCUCACAGCCGCAAGAAUACCUGGAGCUGACCACUCCUCCUCCAUCCAAGACCGAAGACCUUGCCCCCACGACACUGUCCUUCCCUCAGUCAGACCCAACCUUCUUUCUCGUCGGCACUGAAGAAGGGACAAUAUAUCCAUGCCAUCGAUAUGACCGAGCAGGCGCCAAGUCCGGUACCGACCACCGUCUCUCGUACCGCGGCCACGCAGCCCCGAUCAUGUCGACGGCGUUCCACCCUGCGCGAGGCCCCGUGGACCUGAGCGACCUGAUGCUCAGCUCGAGUCUAGACUGGAGCGUGAAGCUGUGGCGCAUCCGUGCUCCAGCCUCGACCUCAACUUCAGGAACCGCGUCCACCGCGCAACUACAGACCGUCUCGCCCAUCCUAGACAUCACCCGCGAGGAUGUAGUGUAUGACGCUAAAUGGUCCCCCCACCGACCCGGCAUCUUCUCCCUCGUUGACGGCGCCGGCAGACUCGAGAUAUGGGACUUGCAGCAGGAGGUAGAGGUGCCCGUUGCCAGCGCCACGCCAACCGCUGGCCGCGGCGGUGUCCUGACCAAGGGGCUGAACAAGGUCGCCUGGGAGGAACGAGAGGGCCGAAGACUUGCUACCGGUGGCCUAGAUGGAGUGGUGACUGUCUUUGAUGUUGGGAAGGGAUUGAGUGGCAGCGCCGAAGACGUCUCUGCCGACGAGUGGGCAGGCAUGAAGCGCCUUACGAGCAAGCUCGAGCAGGCCAGCCGUGAGCGGAACCUGUAG